AUGAGCCGAAAGCUCGCCCCCGAAACAAAUCGGAUUCUCUUCGUCAAGAACCUCAACUACAACGUAACCGCGGAUCAAUUAUUUGAACUCUUUGGCAAAUUCGGACCUAUUCGGCAAAUUCGUCAAGGUAUCGCGAAUAACUCGAAAGGAACUGCUUUUGUUGUCUAUGAGGACGUGCACGACGCUAAACAGGCAUGCGAUAAGCUCAACGGUUUCAAUUUCCAGAACCGAUACUUGGUCGUAUUAUAUCACCAGCCAGAAAAGAUGAUUCGUUCAAAAGAGAAUCUCGCCGAGAGACAGCAGAACCUCGAACGACUCAAACAGGAACAUGGGAUAGAAUAA